AAAUUGGGAGGACAAAGUAUAUAAACCACAUAGUGACAAUGUGAACACUUUUCAAAAAUUCCCCCAUUUUCAGAUUCGUGAGUCCCUCUUUCUCUUUCUCUCUCCUCCAGAGGGAAAGCAGAAAUAUCACUCUUUCUUCCUUUCCAUGCACUUUCCUCCAAUUUCCUUCUCCAAUUCUUCAAUUUCUUCCUCUUCACAUGCUAAUUUCACCAAUAAUCCAACUUUAGGGUUUCAUCAAUGGACUCGAAAUCUCAGGGGAAGUUCAGCUAUGGAAGACAGUCAUCAAUGGCGCCGGAACGUGAGGAUGAUUCCCCUAAUUUGUUCGAGAACGUUGAGUUUGAUGAGGAAGGAGUUAGACUGAUGUUCUUGGCGAAUGAGGGUGAUUUGGAAGGGAUUAAUGAGGUUUUGGAUUCUGGGAUUGAUGUUAAUUUUAAAGAUAUUGAUUCCAGAACUCCUCUUCAUGUUGCUUCUUGUCAGGGCCUUCCUGAUGUUGUUCGAUUGUUGCUCGAACGCGGCGCGAAGGUUGAUCCUAAGGAUCGUUGGGGUAGCACUCCACUUGCAGAUGCAAAAUAUUACAAACAUCUAGAUGUAAUCAAGCUUUUGGAGAAACAUGGUGCAAAGGUGGAUUCUCCUGAAAUCCCUGAAUAUGAGAUUGAUCCCAGUGAGCUCGACUUUUCCAACAGUGUUGACAUUUCUAAGGGUACUUACCGCAUUGCAUUGUGGCGUGGGAUUGAAGUUGCUGUAAAAACACUUGGAAUUGACGUGGUGAUGGAUGAAGAAAAAGUAAAAGCAUUUACAGAUGAGUUAGCGUUACUCCAAAAGAUACGCCAUCCAAAUGUUGUACAAUUCUUGGGAGCUGUGACACAGAAUAGCCCAAUGAUGAUUAUAACAGAGUACUUGCCUAAGGGGGAUCUUCGUGCUUUUCUGAAACGGAAAGGUGCUCUAAAGCCGUUAACUACGGUGAAGUUCGCUCUCGAUAUUGCAAGGGGAAUGAAUUACUUGCACGAAAAUAGACCAGCAAUUAUACACCGAGAUCUUGAGCCUUCUAAUAUACUGCGGGACGAUUCUGGGCAUCUGAAAGUUGCAGAUUUUGGUGUGAGCAAGCUGCUGAAAGUCUCGACAACGGUUAGAGAACAUGAGCCUCUGUGGUGUCAAGAAUUCUCAUGGAGAUAUGUGGCUCCAGAGGUUUUUAAGAAAGAGGAAUAUGACACAAAAGUUGACGUUUUUUCAUUUGCCUUGAUAAUUCAAGAAAUGAUCGAAGGAUGCCCUCCCUUUGAAUCAAAGCAAGAAGAGGAAGUAGCUAAGGCAUAUUGUUCAAAUGAACGCCCACCAUUUACAGCUCCAGCCAAAUAUUAUGCUCUUGGAUUAAAAGAAUUGAUCGAGCACUGCUGGAAUGAUAAACCAAUGAAGAGGCCAACAUUCAGACAAAUAAUAAGUAGGCUGGAGGUUAUUGAAAAUGUAUUGGAUCGUAAGAGACGCUGGAAGUCUGGACCUUUUGGAUGCUUCCGGAUGCUAGAGAAGUUGGGCAAGAAAGCUCCUAUUGAUUCAGGCAGCCACUCGUCCACCUCAAUAGUUAGAUGAUGACUACCAAUUGGAAUGUGCAUUAUGUUCAUAGGAAUUUAAAUCAUUCAGUACAUCCUAAAUAUUUCUCUGACCGCGGGCUGUUAAAGCUGCUUUUCUUCCUGCCAUUCUUUCCUGACUUGCCAAGAAUUCAGUUUCUAUUGAAUCUUCUGUGUAAGAAAGUAAGUUGGAAGAACCUUUAAAGUGAAUUACUGAAUAGGUUAUACGCCUGUAAAUAUGAGACAGGUCUUAUGUGAGGGUGCAACUGGCCGUUUCAACUUCUGUGAUACCCAUAUCUCAAGUGAAAGAUGGUUGAUAGUACUUGUCUUAUAUUAUUAGGAUUCUUAGGAGAAUAAAAUGCUCCUUUGUGUGGUAGACACUAGACAGUUUUCUAAGUAUACGUUUGGUCUUACAGAUUAUAUUCUGAAAUGAGAUCCUUGUACAGUUGAGGAAUGUAACUAUUUCUGGUUCUAUUGUUAGUGAUGACAAAUGAUAGCAUAACUUUGUUACUUUACACUAGUUUUUGUUUCCAUUUUAAUUUCCUAAUUUAUGUCAUUUAGAAAAGGUUAUCGAAGUGUAAUUUAAAUAUACAAAUUAUUGCUCUGAUUCAAAGAGGAGAAACUAAGGGUUCAUAUGGUGUCCCUUAGAAAAACUA